UCAUUAAUGCAGCUGCACGGCUACACCAGCAGCCAAAGCCAACACCCGUCCGAAUAUGAGAAUCGUCCACGUUUUUACACAAGACGUCUCGUGACACGCGUCGUGUACGUCCACUACAGCCAUGGCUUUAGCCAUCGCGCAAACAGUAUUUGGCUAUGGUAGCAGCCUCGACUGGCGGCCUACUACUUUUGUGAGCCCGUUUCCGUCGACCAGACUGUGCAGCAUUUGCGGACUGGUACCCCCAGCGACGGCGACGCUGCCUUGCCGUCACCUGAUUUGUCAACCGUGUCUCGACUGCCUCAACCACGACACUUGUAGGAGGAAGCGCUGCCCUCUCGACAAAGAGCUGUUUCCAGAGGAAGACGUGGUAUGGUCAACGCACAGCAAUGACAAUGUCAUGGACCGCCGGGUACGCUGCUGGAAUGCGGCCAACGGUUGCGACGCUGAGGACAAUGCUUCUGCCAUGUUGGAUCAUUUCACGAACACCUGCCGAUUCCACGCUGUGAAGUGUCCCACAUGCGGCGGUAACGUACUGCACCGUCACUUUGCUAAUCACCUUGAGUCAGGCUGCGUUCCUACCUCCUGCGGCAACGAGCAGACACUGAGCGAAAACUUUGUCAACGCGUUCUUGGAAGUGAAAGACGCGCUGGGGAAGAUCUCGGAUGAGAAUGCGUCACUACACACUAGUCUUAACUCGUUCGAAGAGCGCCUCCGCUCCCAGAGAGACCGUGCGGUGGCGUUGCAGGCUACGAAUUUCAAUGAUGCCCUGACAACCGCUGUUGAACGGAUCAGAGAGACUUGUCGGGCGUCGCUCGCCGACCAUUUGCGCGAAGUGACCGCAGAACGCGGGCGUCAGCAGUAUGAGAACCGACAAACCAUGCAAGUGCUCCUAACCGGCGAAUUCAACCGGCACAUGGCGUCAUUGAAAGCCAAGAUAAAGCAAGCAUUUGCUGAAGGAUGUGGUCGUACUAGUGAUGAUUCUGCCUCCAGCUCGGCCAGCUGCGUGGCCUCCGGCAUAACCAAAGAGAUUAACCAGCUCGUGAAGGACCUCUCUAAGGAGCCGACACUUACGGGAGAAGACGCGUCCAGGGUCCUCAAGUUAUUGGCUGCUGCUGCCCUUGGUGACAAGGACAAUGCUCUAGUGAAAAAUCCACCACCACGCUUUUGGGAAAUAGAUGACUGGAAUGACUUCUGCCCCGAGUCUGGCGGCCGAGGUCGCCAAAGGCGUCGAGAUAGGUUCGGCAGUCCAUACUACUUACAUGGACGCCUGGUGGUCCCACGUUUGUGCUUUUACCCACGCACCGAUGAUGUUCAGUAUCGUCCCUACAUAAUCAAGGGUUUAUACGAUGAGUUCUUGGACGAGCCCGAGGAAGCAUCGAAUGUGCGCUUUGUUCAUCCCACAGGUUCUUCUAGGUACUUGGAAUUUACUGGCGACUUCAGUUGGGUCAGGCCGGAUCACUACUUUGAGUGUAUGGGCAGUGAAGUGCUGUACAUAGGGUACAACUCAAGGUCCAUAGAUGUCUUUACAUUGGAAGAUGAUGGCUUCAUAGCUGAUGACUCAGCUGAGCUUGAAAUAUACCACUCUUGAGAUAUCGCAUUGUGCCAUUUUGCUUUGAAGCUUCUACGAAACUUCAGAAAGGUGUUCCGGGAAAGGUGUUACCAUGACAGGAUAAAGCUGGACAGCUGACCUGUGUUGUUAAGAACAGAUAAUCAUGUUCCAUGCUCUUCGCUGUUACCCUUUUUCAUUUACCGCUUUUUGCACUGAUAACCUUUAUUGUUUAACUCAUAUGUUCCCAUGUGUUUCUGAAGUUUACUUUUUGCUCUUUGCUUUUAUUUUUACAACCCAUAAGGUUGGCUCACCUUUGGUGCAGCAAAAUUUGUGCCAUAAGCCUCUUAGUGGAAUCAUAAACUACAUUCUGCAUGAGUUGGAGGUGCUCACUGUGAAUCAUGAUUGUCUUGUUUCAUGCUUUGUCAUUUGUAAACAGUGACUUGUAGAUCUGUGUGUGCACAAGGGUAAGGGGCAAAAUAUACCCUGCACUUGUUUUCUCUCUUCACUGUGAUGUCUAAUCAAUGUUUACCAUAAGGAAUACUAGCAUAACACAUAAGACAAGGAUUAUACAAGGCACAUCGACACACAGAUGGUGCUACAUGUCUAUGUAUUCGUGAUUUUUAUUGUUUUUUUGUUGGCUUUUCAUGUCUUGUAUGUGUUAGAUUAGUAUUCCAAGGUGACAUACAGACACAGGCGCAUCGCAGCACUAGUUGGUUCAAUACAUGGUUUCUCUCUCUCUCUCUCUGGAUGCGAUACGUGUCUUAAGUUGUGACUGCCAUUCAGAAAAUAUUGACUUUCUCACUUGCCUGCUUCCGAGGGUGAACAGUGCUCAGUGAUUCCUUUUCUGUUGUCUAAAGAUCAAGUUUGGCAAAUGCUCUGACGCAGAACUUCUGGGGUAUGCUGAGCACCUAAAAAUUGCGUGGCUAUACAUGGCAUUCAUAAUGAAAACUGCCAUUCUGAAAGAUCAGUUGAGAGCCAGCCAAAAGGUUGCUGUCUUAAGCCAACCAGCUUUGCUGGCACGCAUGUUUCUAUGAUGCCUGUGCCAAAAAUUAAGAAAAGGGCCACGCUGAUGUUCACAGGACAUCAUCUUGCAUGUUUGGUCAGCAAGUUGGCCACCACUCUGUACAGCAUCAACCUAGCCAUCAGGCAACAGAAAACUUAUCACUGCACACUGCCUUUGUUGCAGACAUGGGAGGAAACAGUUGUCUUCCACCCCUGUCAAAACUGAAGCAUAUUCAAACUUGCACAACAGUAAUUCAAAAGUCGGCGACUCCACAAUACAUAGUUAUAAGGUAUUGGUGGUACUGUGCUGUUCUUGCAGUGUCGGCGGUAGAAAGAUGUUUCAGCAUUAAACUCCACGAGGAAACAUACUGGGGCUUUUAUUGUUUUGUAUGUUGCAUGGGAGAACAUAAGACUAAUCUGCCGUGCAUGAAGCUGGCUUCAGUGCAAACAGCCAACUCCACCUGUAAUUUGAUUUGAUGGCACAAUAGCAUGAGAAGGUGCAUGCCACAGUUGUCCUUAAUUCUUUUCUUUAGAUGUUUUUCUUUGCAUUAGUGCUUUGUCUCCAUAAUCUUCUGGAAUGACUAUGGCCGUUUAGCUGCCUUCAACUCAUAUUGGCUUAGUAACAGCUGCAUGACCAUGCUAGUCCUUCACAGAGAGUGAGAGUUGCCUUUCAUAGCGUGAUGUUUGCCAAGCCAAAAAGAAAACAAACAUUUAAACUGUUGUUUGCAGUAUAUGUAAGAAAGAACAGCAGUACAUACACUUGUCACAAAUGCUUUUAGAAUCUGGCACGCUUGUAGCUAAUUAUUGUUUAUAAGCAAGAACUACCAACUGUUUUCACAUGUUCCCUCUAAGGACUGCCCUCUGCCAUGUCACCUAACUUUGAGGAUAUUUUUUCACCCUCCGUGGUUGCUUAGUGGCUAUGGGUGUUGGGCUGCAAAGCACGAGGCCACAAGAUUGAAUCCCAGCCACAAAAAGCAAACGCAGACAGCACAGGGCACUAUAGUGCACCAUGGUGUCUGUCACCCUUCUGUCCUUCUCUGCUGGUAGUAAAAUGUUAUCCAUGUCUGUCUUGUUCUCCUUAUAACUAGGGGUGAUAAAGGUUGUUUCAAGUCCAGUCAGCAGAAAGGGCCUAUUUGCAUUAUUUUCACAUGUACUGUACUGUAAUUCACCAACCCGCCGUGGUGGCUUAGCAGCUAUGUGUGUUGCACUGCUUAGUGCGAGGCCGUGAGAUAAAAUCUCGGCCACAGUGGCCAUAUUUUGAAGGAGGCAAAAUUAAAAAAAUGCCCGUGUCCCAUGCAUAGGGGGCAUGUUAAAGAUCCCCAGGUAGUCAGGAUUAAUGCACAGUCCCUCACUAAGGUGCGCUUCAUAAUUAAAUUGUGGUUUUGGCAUGUUAAACCCCACAAUUCAAUUAUUCACCCCUUUCACUUAAACCCACUGUAGGGUAGAAACCCGGAUGCUCGUCUGGUUGACUUUCCUGCCUUUCAUCUCUCUGUUUUCUCUCCCUCCCUCUGUACUGCAUUUAACAGCUGGAUGUUGGGUAACCAAAGAAGCUUGUAAAUCAUGAAUGGCUAGAUGAUUGUAUCUGGUACACCAUGACUAUGAUAACAGUGAAGGAAAGGGACAGCAUGUUAUUGCAUGCACAUACUAGACUUAUGUCCAUUGAAACAGCCAAGUUUAAUACUGCAGCACUACACGUUGUCCUGAAGGAAUGCAAGCAGAGUGACAUUGGCCAAAUGUAAUAACUUGGUUUGUCUAAACUAAGACAACAAAUUUUGUAGGCUGCCUGAUUGCCUACAAGGCACGCCUAUACAGCUACUGGAAGCUAUUGUGCAAAAGUGACCUCCUCCACUUCUUUGCUCAGGAAAUGAUGCGUCCACACAAUUAACCACAGCUUUUCUGCAGCAGAAUCGUUUGGAAGUAUAUGUGUAGCUCUUUUUGUUUGUAUACAGCAACACUGCUGUUAUCUCUUAUAAUAAUUAUACAGAAAUGAACAUUGAAGAACUGGAAAUUGUCACUUCUCAUAUCGAAUAUGAACCUAUUCGAGAGGUUAUCUUUAUUCAGAUUUUUUUUAUAUUCACGGACCCCUGCUUUGAACAGCAAAGCAACAUUCUGAAGGUAACCUGAAUAACACGUUCACAUAACGUGCAACAGAAGUGCCAAGUUACAUUGCAAGUACAGUGCAUAAGUGAUAUGUAAUAAAUGCCAUAACUAAAUGUUAACUGCAUAAAUGUUUUCUAUAAAAUGUUGACAAAACUAUGAGAAUUGUUCUCGUGCUCUUUGGUGCGCUGUUCAUUCUUGUUUUUCUAGUAUCAAGUUACUUUAGCAUGUUUUUGUCUGUUUACCUUCAGUACUGCAGCCAAUAAGGACAGUCCGAGUUACUUCGGUAUUUAUGAUUAAAGUUUCAUGUUUUCCACCUCCAUUA